UCGGGCAGGGCUUGCGGGGCCCAAGUGAGAGCCGGCGGGCUCCGCUGUGCCAGGAGGUGCGGGCCGAGCGCAGGGCGGCCCGAGGCGAAGGGGCUUGACACAACUCACCUCCAGCCGAGGCCACCAUGGAGCAGUGCGCGUGCGUGGAGAGAGAGCUGGACAAGGUCCUGCAGAAGUUCCUCAGCUACGGACAGCACUGUGAGCAGAGCCUGGAGGAGCUGCUGCACUAUGUGGGUCAGCUACGUGCUGAGCUGGCCAGUGCAGCUCUCCAGGGGACCCCUCUCUCUGCCACCCUCUCCCUGGUGAUGUCUCAAUGCUGCCGGAAGAUCAAAGACACUGUCCAGAAACUGGCUUCAGACCACAAGGAUAUUCAUAGCAGCGUGUCCCGAGUGGGCAAAGCCAUUGACAGGAACUUUGACUCUGAGAUUUGCGGUGUAGUCUCAGACGCCGUGUGGGACUCUCGGGAGAAGCAGCAGCAGAUCCUGCAAAUGGCCAUCGUGGAGCACUUAUACCAGCAGGGUAUGCUCAGCGUGGCAGAGGAGCUAUGCCAGGAAUCAACGCUGGAUGUGGACUUGGAUUUCAAGCAGCCCUUCCUAGAACUGAACCGAAUCUUGGAAGCUCUUCAUGAACAGGACCUGGGGCCAGCCCUGGAAUGGGCCGUCUCCCACAGGCAGCGCCUGCUGGAGCUCAACAGCUCCCUGGAGUUCAAGCUGCGGCGGCUGCACUUCAUCCGCCUCCUGGCAGGCGGCCCCGAGAAGCAGCUGGAGGCCCUCAGCUAUGCCCGGCACUUCCAGCCCUUUGCUCGGCUGCACCAGCGGGAGAUCCAGGUGAUGAUGGGCAGCCUGGUGUACCUGAGGCUGGGCCUGGAGAAGUCUCCUUACUGCCACCUCCUGGACAACAGCCAUUGGGCGGAGAUCUGUGAGACCUUCACUCGGGAUGCGUGUUCCCUGCUGGGGCUUUCUGUGGAGUCCCCGCUCAGCGUCAGCUUUGCCUCUGGCUGUGUGGCCCUGCCCGUGCUGAUGAACAUCAAAGCUGUGAUUGAGCAGAGGCAGUGUGCAGGCGUCUGGAGUCACAAGGACGAGCUGCCGAUUGAGAUUGAGCUAGGCAUGAAGUGCUGGUACCACUCGGUGUUCGCUUGCCCCAUCCUUCGUCAGCAGACGUCGGAUUCCAAUCCCCCCAUCAAGCUUAUCUGCGGCCACGUCAUCUCCCGAGAUGCGCUCAACAAGCUCAUUAAUGGAGGGAAGCUGAAGUGUCCCUACUGCCCGAUGGAACAGAACCCAGCCGAUGGGAAGCGCAUCAUCUUCUGAUUUCUGCCUCCAAGGAACUUUGUUGGAAGGGAUUUGUGCCCCACAAGCCCUGGUCUGUUUUGGAGGGCAAAUGGGUCCCUUUCGCAGCACCUGGCGGAAGAGCAAAGCACUACCAUAUGGGCUAGACACCUAGAAAGUGAAGCACCUGCAGUCUGCCCUGGGCAGCCCGCUCCUUGGCUGUAAGGGGAGGGAGGGAGACACUGGCUUCUGUACUUGGCCUUUUCUGUUUCUGCCCUUGACUUCUCAGCAGCCAAGACUAGCAAAGUCCUCAGCCAUCAUCAGUUUUCCCACUCCUGCCUGCAGCUGUCUUACUGCCAUACACUCAAGUCCCAGGGUGUGCAGCUGCAGCCCGCCUCCCCCCCCUGUACAGCUCCAACUGUAUGUAUCCUUCCCCUUACUGUAAAUAGUCCACGUUAGAACUGAUGUCAUUUUAUAACUCAAAGCAAAUAGACUCACAGCCCUUCUCCUUA